UAUCGGAACGCAGUCUAAAUUUCCGUACCAAAGUAGAAUCGAAUUGAAGACUUCGGUGGAAACUAGACCAUUGAGGUAUCAGAUGAAUGUUCCCGGUUCUCGAAUGAGAUCUUUAUUUUUCCAUUGCAUAGACAGUUUAGCAAGCGUUAGAUUCAAUCGCAAACAGGAUGGAGUGUGUUUACCGGUUACCAUUCUUAAUCCUGGAAGUGCCUAAUUUGAAACUGAAGAGACCGUCCUGGUUUGUGAAACCUAGCGCUAUGGUAGUCUUUUCCUUCAUUCUGCUAUCGUACUUCUUGGUGACAGGAGGAAUUAUAUAUGAUGUAAUCGUUGAACCACCCAGUGUAGGAUCUACAACAGAUGAACAUGGUCAUACGAGACCUGUAGCAUUUAUGCCCUAUCGUGUAAAUGGACAAUAUAUUAUGGAGGGCUUAGCUUCCAGUUUCUUGUUUACAAUGGGAGGCUUGGGCUUCAUUAUAUUAGAUCAAACACAUGGCCCAUCAACACCAAAACUCAAUAGAGUUCUCCUAAUAUGUGUCGGAUUCCUUAGCAUACUCGUGUCAUUUAUUGCAUGCUGGAUAUUUAUGAAGAUGAAACUUCCGGGUUAUCUGCAAUCCUGAAUUACAGACAAUUGUAAAUUCUAUUAUUGUGAAUAUCAAUUUUUUAUAAUACUGUAUAGAAUAUGAACAUGUUAUAAUACUGGACUGAUAAUUUUUGUAAUAAAGAAAUAAAAUUAGCUUUAAGAGAA